AUGGGGGACUUGAGAAAUGUCCUCCUCAUCCUCUCCAGCGUUCAUGCAGACCUGUCCACUCCAACCUGGCAACGCAUCAGACAGAAAUUCAAUAUCAUCCAAUACGACUGCCAUUCUGAGGAGGAAUUCUGCGAGCGCCUUCGGCCUGGCGGGGCUUACUCCACCAUUGACGCCAUUGUCCGGACUGGGUGGCUCAAGGCUGGUCCGUACAGCCAGCACCAGCUCUUCCGAGGAUCACCUCUGGAACAUUAUCCGCCUACACUGAAGUACAUCGGCUGCAGUGGCCAUGGGUAUGAUGCUGCCGACAUUGAGUCCUUGACACGCCAAGGCAUCGCCUAUGCCAACACACCAAAUACGAAUACUGAAGCGGUGGCCAACACUGCGCUGCACCUGAUUCUCAAUACGUAUCGAUACUUUACGUUCGCUGAGCAUUGUGCCCGCACAGAGUGGGGUGCGAGCAGGGAAAUCGGGACCAUCGCAGUCGAUCCGUGCGGCCAGGUGCUGGGUGUGGUCGGAAUGGGCCAUAUCGGACUGGCCAUAGCCCAAAAAGCCGCUGCUGCUCUGAGCAUGAAGGUGCACUAUCACAACCGCAAGAGGAGGACUGAUGCUGAGCAGCGCAUCAUCUCACCCGACGGCACGAAGCUCGGAGCGACCUUCCACGACACAUUCGAGAGUCUGCUGCAAGUUUCGGACUGCAUCUGCUUGGCAUGUCCACUGACCACGGAGACGAGACACUUGAUAUCGGCUUCUGCGCUGAGUAGGAUCAAAGACAGGAAAAUUAGGAUCGUGAACAUUGCUAGAGGUGGCUUGAUCAACGAAGAUGAUUUGCUGGACGCGAUGGAUCGAGGCCAAGUGGUUGGGGUAGGGUUGGAUGUCCAUGCCAAUGAGCCGGGCAUCAACCCGAGGUUGGGGGAUAACUUCAGAGUCACAGUCCUUCCCCACAUCGGUGUGGCUUCUCAGACUAGCUGGCGAAAUUUUGACGAGAUUGGCCUGAAGAACUUGGAGGAGUUUUUCUACGGUGACAAAAGUAAGGUGACAUUGGUGAAUAAAGUGUAG